AUGGGUGGCAAGCGGUUUGCGGUAUUGUUGUGUGCAGAGGACUCAGAAUAUGUGAAAAAGAUGUACGGAGGGUAUUUUGGGGUGUUUGUGAGAAUGUUGGCUGAAGAAGGAGAGACAUGGGAUGUUUACAGGGUGGUUUCUGGAGAGUUCCCUGAAGAUGAUGAAAUUGAGACCUUCGAUGGAUUUGUGAUCACUGGAAGCUGCAAUGAUGCUCAUGGCAAUGAUGUUUGGAUCUGCAAACUUUUGAAUCUGUUAAAGAAAUUGGAUUCCAUUAAGAAAAAGAUUUUGGGUAUUUGUUUCGGACACCAGAUACUAUGCCGCGCAUUGGGGGGAAAGACUGGACGCAACAUCUCAGGGUGGGAUAUAGGGAUAACAACCAUCAAUUUUUCGUCUUCAUCAAAGCUCUUCUCCUCAGUGAAAAAGCCAGCCAUACUCUCUGUGAUCGAAUGCCAUAGAGAUGAGGUCUUGGAACUUCCUCCUAAAGCUGAGGUGAUUGCAAGGUCUGAUAAGACCGGGAUCGAGAUGUUCCGAUGUGGGGACCACAUCUUGGGCAUCCAAGGUCACCCUGAGUACACCAAAGACAUUCUUCUCCACUUGAUUGACCGUCUUCUGCAACAUAAUUUUAUAGUGGACUCAUAUGCUGAUGAGAUUAAGGCAAAUGUGGAGGCGACAGAACCAGACAGGGAGGCAUGGAAGAAACUGUGCAUCAACUUUCUCAAGGGUUGA